AUGGUUCUUCCUCGCCAAGAGGUUGAGUUCCGUGCCUGCGAUGGAACGGUUCUCCGUGGCUGGCACUACGCAACAAGGGAGAAGAGCCCCUGCAUUAUUAUGACCCAUGGGCUUGCGGGAAUCCGUCACUUCCUACUACCCCCGUUUGCUGCCCGAUUCCAGGAGGCCGGGUUCGGCGUCCUCCUUUACGACAACCGGAAUUGGGGCGACAGUGAUGGGCAGCCACGCCAGGAAUCAAAUCCCGCACUCCAGCAAACAGACCUCUACGAUGCAUUUAACUAUACCGUCACGCUUCCUGGUGUAGACCCCGACAGAAUCGCGUAUUGGGGCACGAGCUUUUCGGGGGGUAACACCAUCUAUGCCGCAGCAGUCGACAAGCGUAUCAAAGCAGCCGUGGUACAGGCUCCUGCUGUCUCUGGAGAGACACGAUCUUUAGCAUUCAAGGACCAGAUACCUGCUAUAUUCGAGGAUCGAGCUCGUAUUGCUGCUGGCGGAGAGCGUGGUAAAAUACCCUGCAUUGCGGAUGAUCUUGAAGAAGCCAAAUCCGGUCUCGCGGCCGCUCUCUUUCCUGAUAUGCAUGCUUAUGAGUCUUUUGAUGGGAUCUACGAAUGUGGUGGUCAAUGGGAGAACUGGGUUACCCAGCAGACGCAGCUUCAUAUGCUUAAAUUCGAAGCGCAAGCCAUGAUACAUCGCAUCUCUCCAACACCUCUACUUAUGGUGAUACCAGGAAACGAUGUUACGGUGCGGACUUCAUCUCAGCUACAAGCUUUCGACAAGGCUCAGGAACCAAAAGAACUGCUUUUUCUAGAAGGCGCCGGCCACUUUGACAUUUACCGUGGAGAGUACUUUGAACGCAAUAUUGCUGUUCAAAUCGACUUCUUACACCGGAAGCUACAGGGUUGA